GAUGGUGACCAUCCUAUCUUUAGGAAUAGCUCUUUGCUCAGAAUGCUGUCCGGGAGAAGGAGUCAUUCCAAGUUUGAAAAGUAGAAUACUCCGGCCUUGCACCAGAACUCUUGAAGCAGAGAAGACGACAGCAGAUCCUCGACAGUUGAGAAUGCUUUCUAUAUCAUCGGACGAAUUCGUUGUAACAUUUAAGGGUUAA